AUGGUUCUGGCAAGUCCAACAUCCUUGAUGCAAUCUGCUUCGUCCUGGGAGCUUAUCUACAAGCAAGGCAAUGCUGGUGUUUAAAAAGCCAUCGUUACUAUUAAAUUUGACAAUAAGAAUAAGAAGACUUCACCUUCGAUGAUGGUUGAAGCUGAUGAGAUUAUUAUACAGAGACAGAUAUUCGAUGGCAAGAGCAAGUACAUCCUCAAUGGAAAGGUAGAAACUGCUGAGAAGAUCAAGAAUAUGUUUAUGUCUGUGCAGUUGAAUGUCAAUAAUCCGCAUUUCCUAAUUAUGUAAGGUCGUAUCACCCAAGUAGUUAACAUGAAGCCUCAGGAAUUGCUAUCAUUGAUAGAGGAAGCCAGUGGAACUAGUCUCUAUGAAAAUAGGAAGCUAGCGUCUCUUAAAACUAUUAGCAAAAAGCAGUCCAAGGUUGACGAGCUAACCAAUAUUCUUAUACAAGAGAUCAACCCACAUCUGGAGAAGUUAAGGAAGGAGAAGGAGUACUACUCUUAGUUUAUGCAAUAUGAAUCAGAGAAAGCCAUACUUUGGAAGCAAAUAGUAGCCUAUGAGUUUUAUGGCAAUGAGAAAUAAUACCUACUGAAAACUAGUGAGAUUAUGAGACUGAGAGCUGAGGGAGAUGAGUUGCUUAAAUUAAUUUAGUCUAGGGAUUAGGAGAUAUAGUUCCUAGAUAACGAGAUACAGCAAUCAAAGAGAAAUGACAUUACACAUAUCAAAGUCUAAUGGGAUACUAUGCAGAAGGAUAUGCUCAGACUCGAGAAAGAUUUGGUAGAUAAGCAGGCAACAGCUAAAAAUGUAGAGAAAACACUUAAAGAUAACGAGAAUGUACAGAAAAAGCUUAACCGUUACAUGGAAGAGCUCAAAAGAAACAUCGAGAAGAAUAAGAAGAGAAGAGAUGAGGUGAUGACAUUAGUACGUAAAUACAGAAGAGAAUAUGACUUGAAGAAGGAAUAGCUCAAGUAAGUUAUUUAAGGGCUAAGGGAUUUGAAUGAGGGCAAAGAUAUAGCAAUAGAUGAGGGAGUCGGAUUAAGAGACCAGAUGAAUGAGACUAAAAAGAACUUAGAUAUCACUCUGACUGAGAUAAAGCAAGUACAGCAGUCAAUAAACAGACUAGACAGAGAGAGGAAGGACCUUACUGAGACUCUAAACAAUUUACAGAGUUCAAAUGAAUAGAUCAAGCAGUAGAUAAACAGAGUCCAGAGUGAACUCAAAAUAAGCUAUGAAAUACUUCAGUCAAAGCAGUACAACUAAAAAGCAGAGUAGGAUAAGAUUCACGAAAAAAAGAAACUCGAGGACCAGUUAAAAAUGAUAAACUCGAAACUUGAUGAACUAACCACUGAAUUCGGGAACAAGAUUGAGCUUAAGUACAAUAUGCCUGUGCCAGAUUUCGAUCAUAGUCUGGUCAAAGGUAGAUUCAUUAAGCUUUUCUCGAUUAAAGAGGAUAGAUAUGCUUUAGCUCUAGAAGCCAUUGCUGGUCAAAGAUUGUAUGCAAUUGUUGUUGAAAACGAUGUUGCCUGCAGUGUGCUCAUGAAGAACAAUGCCUUCUCUAGAUAUAGAGUAGAUUUGAUUCCAAAUAAUAAGAUCAAGUUCAAGGAGGUUUAGAAGGAUGUAGCAGACUAUGUAAAAAAUGUGACAAAGGGCAAAGCCAGAUUUGCAUUAGAACUCAUUAAAUAUAACAUGACAAUCGAAAACUCAGUAAAAUAUGUAUUUGGGGAUGUAAUUAUAUGUGAAGAUUCUACUAUUGCCAAGAAGUUAGCUUUUGAUCCAUAUGUUAGAAUAAAAACUGUAACUCUAGAUGGAGAUAUCUACAACCCUUAAGGACUGUUAGAGGGUGGGUACUACUAACAGUCGAAAGAUGGCUCAUCACUCAAGAAAAUCAAAGAGAUUUAGAGACUUGAAGAGGAGAAAAGAUAUAUUUCAAAUAAGAUAUAGGAUUUGUCAAACGAUCUUUUAACUUUGAAGCAGAAGGCCUUUGAGCAUAUGUAAAAGAAAUCAGAGAUAGAGCUGAAUGAGCAUCAGCUUAAGCUGCUUAAAGAAAGAUUGGAACUCGACUAAAAAGAUGCUGUUUCUAUUAAGCUAAAGAAUACUGAGGAGGAUCUGGAUGAAGGCAGGAAGAAACUAGUGACGUUAGGUGAGUUUGAAUAAAAAUACAGAGAUGAGAAUGAGAGACUCAGAAAUGAGAUCAUUUAAAUGGAAAGUAAAAAGGAUCAGAAGAAGGAGCUAUUGGAGGGCAUGCUUUAAAAUCUCAAGAAUGAAAUUGAAAGAAUCACCCGUGAUCUCAAGAUCAAUCAGAGAGAGGUAGAUAAAUUGGAAUAUGAAGGGGAGGAAAAUGAAAAAGAUAUGAAGAGUUCAAAGGAUUAGAUCCUUAAGGAAUGCGCUGAGAAAGAAAAACUUCUCAUAGAAUAAGAAGACUUGAAGAAGGUGAUAGAUGAUUAUACCAAACUGAAAAACGAUAAGAGAGAGAAAAUGAAGCAGUUGCAACAGGAACAGAUUAAAGCAACCUCUAAGAUCAAGGAAUAAAUUGAAUAGAAGUAAAAAUUAGAUAAACUUAAAGAGCAUAACAACGCUGAAGUCAAGAAGUUAGACAAUAGAAUCACAAAGCUGACCAUCGAGAACAAUGAAAUUGAAUAGAAGCUGAAUACUCUGUAGAAUGAAAAUCCUUGGAUUCUGAAUGAGAAGGAGAUGUUUGGCAAUCCAGACUCAAGUGAGUACAAAUUCGGGCCAGACUUCAACAUGAUUGAGAAGACAAAGAGGUUUUAUAAGCUCAAAGAUGAUACCUUGACCAUGAAAAAGCAUGUGAACAUGCGUGUCGAUCUGAUGGCUGACUAGGCUGAUAAAGACUACACUGAACUUAUUAAGAAGAAGGACAAGCUGAUGGUGGAUAAAGAGAGAAUAGAGAAGACAAUCAAUGAGCUUGACAGUUUGAAGAACGCCACACUAUACUAAACAUACCAAGAAGUGAAUACCAAUUUCAGCAAGAUAUUCAGGACAUUGCUGCCAGGUGCAGAAGCUUUACUCGAGAUUUAGGAUAUUAAUAAUAUUCAAGAGGGAUUGAAGUUGAAGGUAGCUUUUGGCAGAGAUUGGAAAGAGAGUCUGAGUGAGCUCUCUGGUGGGCAAAGGUCUCUUCUUGCUCUUAGCUUUAUUUUGGCAUUGCUUAAGUAUAAGCCUGCACCACUAUAUAUAUUAGAUGAAAUAGAUUCUGCUCUAGAUCUCAGUCACACUCAAAAUGUAGGCAAAAUGAUCAAAGAACACUUCCCUGAGAGCUAGUUUUUGAUAAUUUCACUGAAGGAAGGAUUGUUCAAUCAUGCAAAUGUGCUAUUUAAGGUUGAUUUCAAUGAGGGCAAAUCGAAAAUUACAAGAUUUUAGUAACAAAAAGCAAGUAAAAAGUGA